AUCCACACCUAGGGUUUCCGAUUCGAAUGUAGUGUGUAGUGUACUAAUUUGACUGGACUACGAAGCCUGACCUUCGACUAUGAAGACUAUGUAAUCUCGCGAAGGCCAAGCUUGGUAACUAAAUGAAGGUCGGCGUCGGAUUAGGGUUUGGGAAAUGUCAGUUCCUUGAACGUUUCUCUUAUGUCAGAAUCGCGGGAUCCGAUUUUUGGCGGCAGAAACAGGGCUGGGGAAAUUGCGUUGAAGCGGAGGGAGGAGGCUAGGGCUAGCGAGCGACCGACAGCUUAGGGAGAAAAAAGAGGCAGCUAUGACGCGACCUGCCUUGGGAUUUGAGCGGGGUCGGCGGACCUCGGGGUCGGCAGCAGCUUCAGGCAGCCAUGGAGGGGGAGCAUACCACCCGGGGAGUGGCGGCUCAGGGGUCGCAUUCGGCUCAAGGCGGUCAGGCCAGGUGGUGCCCUAUCGAUUGCGCUGCGACCACGAGCCGCUCAGCAACAGAAUUGGCCCGCCCGAGUUCUACGCGCCCAACGAGGGGGACAUGGAGGAGCUGAUGACGCCCAAGGUCAUCCAGCACGGCUACAGAGAAACCGUCCCAGGAGUCGACGAGGGCACGGAGGUCACGUAUUCGCUGCUCUCCACACGGGGGUUCUGGACGCGCCAUAACGUCUCCAACCUCAGAACCGCCAUGCACAAGUGCCUCAGGGCGCUCAACAACUCACUGGUUCGCAAGCGCAAGGCGGGGCAAGUGUACGGAGUCCCUUUGUCGGGAGCCAUGCUUACUCGUGUUGGCGCCUUUCCAGAACAAAAGACAUUCACAGAGGAUGCACGCCGCAAAUGGAUAGAGGACCUGUCUGGUCGCAAGCGGCUGCGGGUGCUGGGAGACGCAGUGCCGCACGGGCUGCGCAAGAGGCAGCUGCUGGAAACGCUGGUGCAGCAGAGGGUGCCCAUGGCGCGGGCCACCUGGUACAUUCGCUGCGUGCUGCUCAACCAGGUUCGUCCUACAGGAGGUUCUGGUGGUGGCGCUAGCAGCGCCAGUGGCAUAGGUGGCAGCGGCAGCAUUGGUGGCGGUGGCAGCAGCAGCAGCAGCAGCAGCAACGCGGACCGGCAGCAGGUGAAGCGAACAGAUCAUUGGACGGCUGAUCUACUAGAGUUCGCCAAGCAGGCUCUGGAGGAGGUGGCUUCUGGGGCAGGUGCACCUGCUGGGUCCGCCCAGGGCACAGCUGCAGCCGCAGCCACAGCUGCUAACCCAGGGCCUGCCAGCAGUGGUGCUCCUGGGAGCUCUGCGAGUGCUGCUGCACUCAGUAACCCUGCAGCAGGCCCAGCUGCUGCUGCUGCUGCUGCUGAGGUAGCUGGAGCGGCUGCUGCUGACGGUGCAGAUUCUCUGGGUCAGGAUGGCGCAUGGGGUGGGAUGUGGGGGUGGGGUGCAGAAGGGGAUGGGGAAGGGGAUGGGGAAGGGGAAGCGGGAGGGGUGGAGGGUGCAGAGUGUGACACGGGAGGCCGGUGGGAGUAUGUAUCUCGGCUGCUGAUGUGGCAGUUAUGUGAGGGGCUGAUAAGCCGAACCAUGCUGGUGGAUUGGCUGCUAAGGCAGGUGCAGGAGAAGGAGUCCUUCGCGGUUCUUUCCUGCCUCUUGCCACUGCUGCUGGAGCUUGUACCCGUUAUUGCGCUGUCCCAGGCGCAUCUACGAGUCCUGCUAGACGCGUGCUUGUCGUGGCUGGAUCUUCUGCCGCACACCAUGCCGCCGUCGUUAUCCUCUAAUGCAGCAGCAACAGCAGCAGCAUCUCUUGUCCCUGAUGUUCCCUCAGGCAACCUCACACAGUCCCAAAAGAAGCAGCCAACCCAGCAGCAGCAGCAGCAGUCGGCGUCACAGGCGCCUUUCCCCUCCCAGAACCCCGCAUCGCCGCCUAUCUCCCCACUCACUCCGCUCCAACCCCUCUCGGGCCCUUCCACUCCCAUGGACGUCUUCUCUCCCCUUUCCCCCCCUGGCCCAACAGCAGCCUCCGCUGCUGGGGGAGGCGCGGGAGGAGGCGGGGGAGGGGGAGGGGGAACUGGUCCCGGCUACGGCAGGGUGGAGGCAGAAGGGCAGGGGCAGGGACAAGCCCCUUUUCCAGGGUCAGAGGAGACACAUGCGCUGGCUCUCUGCGUUGCCGGCAUAGUGCGCAUUCUCCUUGUGACCGCCCCAGACUCGUUUGUGGCUCUCAACUGCUUCCCUCUGCCGCCUGUUGUCUCCCACGCCCUCCCUGCCAUGGUCGGUCUACCCACCGAUAAGCUCUUCCCCUCACCGCCUCCUGCUCCCCCAAUCCAGCCACCUAGCCAAUCCCAACCACGUGCUGCCCAGACCUUAUCUGAAACCCCACUGGAAAGCACACGACCUGCUUCUUCGCCUGUUUACACUCCUGCGUUUCAGCCACCGUCCCAAGCUGAGCGUGGUGAGGCCACACUGGGUGCUUCUAGGCUGCAUGAGUCAGGAGCAUGGGUCUCAGAUCCUGGCAACUUAUCUUCAGCUAUGGAAGCAACAGCAAUGGCAGCAGAAGCAACAGAAGCAGCUGGGACUGGGUUUAUUGGGGCUGGAACUUCUGGGUUUGGUGACGGGGUUGGGGCUAUGGGUAGUGCUGGGGAUGCACCCGAUGCUGCUGCUGCUGCUGCUGCGGCUGACACUGCUGGUGCUGGGAUUGGUGACGCUGCUGUCGCUGUCGAUCUCAGCAGCAGCAGCAUUCCAAGCGGAUCUGACACAGCAGCAGCAGCAGCAGCAGCAGCAUGGGCGGAUGAAUUGGUUUGUGACUCAGCCCUGGGGGACGUAGUGGAGGGGAUAACAGCCCGCGCAACAGCUCUAGCCGGCAGUGUGAGCCCGUGCAUUCUGCGCACGAAUGAGGGGAAAGUGGCUGAGGAUUUGGAGCGUGCGUUGCGAUGCCAUGACGUGGAGACAGCCGUGAGGUCUCUGUUCCUCGAUGGGGCGUUCAGUGAGCUAUCGUGUGCUGCUCUUGGGCUGACUGGGAGGAAUGUGGCAGCAGGAGGAGGAGGAGGAGGAGGAGGAGGAGGAAGAGGGGGAGGAGGUGGGGGCGAUGAGGUGGGACUAGGUGAAGGUGAAAGAGCAGCAGGAAGGGGCGAAGAAGGUGCAGGGACGGAAGGAGAAGGGGGCAAGGUUACAGGGGCGAGUGGGUGGAGGAGGGAGUGGGUGGGAGGUGACGUGGUUGCUGUGUGCUUUUUACUGGAGUGGGUUGUCACUGGUGGGGUGGCGGGAUGGCCCCAGAGAUGGAAAUUUUUGCAGCUGUUUGGUGGGAAUGGUGGUGGCAGCAGUGGCGACGGCAACAGCGGCAGUAGUGGCAACGGCGGCAGCAGACACAGCAGGAAGCAAGGGCGGUCAAGGAACUCUGGGUCGGCCUAUUCUUCCACCCAAUGGCCUGCACUGCCUCUCUCGGACUAUGCCCGCGUGUGCUUUGCUGCCUCGGUUCUGCACAAGUAUGCCUCAAGCUUUGUGCCAGUCCCCGCGACGUGCCUCUCUGACUCGGCUGCAGCAGCGGACGCUGCUGAUGCAGGUGCAGGUGAGGAUGGAUUCUGUGCGGCUGGGAGAGGUAAUGCCACUGCUGAGGGAGAGGAAGGGGGCAGAGAGGGGGAAGAGAUGGAGCAGGAUAGGGAGGAGGCAGAGAAGGAUGAGGGCGAGGAGAAAGAGGAUGAGGAGGAGGGAGGUGAAGAGGAGGGAGUGGGACAUGGGGAGAAAGUGAGGGAGAAGAGUGGCGAUGCAGCUGCGUUGAUGAAAUCAGGGGAGGAGGUGAUGGAUGCGGGUCUGCACGACCUGAUUCUGGAGUGGCUGGAGAAGCGAUACGGACUCAUACUAGGAGCUCCAGGGCCGGCAAAGCACAGGCAGCAGCUGCUGGAAAGCCUCUUGGGCGAGCUGGUACAGCAGGGGUUGUUUGGCCCUGUGCUGUAUAUGAGGCAGCUGGUAGCAGAUGGCCGGAUGGAGGCUCCUGCUGUAGCAGCUGCUGUUGGUUGGGCUGUGGAUUUUCAAGGGCAGGUGUGGGAGAGGUUUUGGGCUACGCAGAGUCACCGCGAGUGCCUGCACUUGCUGCCGCACCCCCCGCGGCUGAUGAGACUGCUUGCUGAAUUCCCCCAAGAGCGGCACGUGGGAGUGAAGCUGGUACAGGAUUGCCGGCUUAGGCUGGCACUUGGAGGGCAAAAAUCGCAGGGACCAUCCCGCGGACAGCAGCAGCAGGAGCAGCACAGGGUUACUGAAGGCGGGGGCAGGGGAGUUGUCACUAUGCGGGCUGGGAGAUGGGUGAAGGGGGUGCGAGUGGGGCCUAAACACUGGAAUGAUGGCAAGCGAAAAGUGCGUGAGAAAAGGCAUGUACAUGAGAAAAAGAGGGUCAAACAACCGAGGAAGGUGGAGGGAGAGAGGCAGAAGAAGAAAAGGGCAGGAAAGCUGCAGCAUCAGCAGCAGCAUGAGCAGCCGCAUGGUCAACGACGGGGGGUGAUUGUUGAGCGGAAAGCAGGUGUGAAGAGGAAGAAAGAGGAGGGUGGGAAUUCAGCAGGGAGGGGAACGAGAGAGACUAAGGCUGGGGAAGGGCGGCUGGGGAAAAGAGGUGGUAAGAUACUGGGCUCCGAGGAAAGGCAGAAAAAGAGAAGACGGUUGGAAGAAAAUUCGAGGAAUGACAGGAUACUUUCUCAUGGACAGAAGACUGAUGCCGUGGUUGGGAGGGAAGGAAAGGGGAACGAGAAGGUUGGGAAAGAGAGAGGAAAGUUUGUGAAGCAGAAGGGGAGAGUAGGAAGGCAGAAGCCGGAGGUAGGAAGGCAGAAGCCGGAGGUAGAAAGCCAGAAGCCGCGAGUAGAAAGGCGGAAGGCGCAGGUAGAUGAGCGAAAGAAGGAGGUAGGGAAACAGAAGGAGACGGUGGUAAAACCGAAGGAGACAGUGGUAAAGCAGAGAAGGAAGACUGAAAAGUCUAAGGGGUUGCAGCAAGAAGUUGGAGAGAAGAAAGCAAAAGGGUACCGCCAGGGCAGAAGGAGAGUAAGAAUAGUAUCUGGCACAGGUGGUGGGGUUGGUAGUGGAAGUGGAAGUGUUAGUGGUAGUGGUAGUGGUAGUGGUAGUGGUUGUGGUUGUGGUUGUGGUUUUGGUUUUGGGGGUGGGAGUGGGAGAAGAGAUUCUGUUGAGACUUGGCAGGAGAAGCAGAUGAGAAAGGCAGUUCCGAAGCAGCAGAUAGCCACAGUGGAAGAUGUGCUGACCCUGAUUGGGUUUGGAAGGGGCGGAGGGGGCAUGGGGGCAGGGCAGGCAUGCGAAGAGAAUGCAGUAAAUGGCGCGAGACAGGUACAUGGGCCUGAGGUGUUUGGUAGAAGUAGCCGAGCUGCUGCUCAUCCUCCCCCUCCUCCUGCUGCUGCUGGGGCGGUGUUUCCCUUUUGGGGUGUCGAGGCACUUCUCGGGAAGAAUGUUUCUGGUGUGUGGAUGAAUGCAGGAGUGAGAGCAGAGGAAGGACGGCAGGCAGACACGGCCGGGGAGGAGCAAGGGGAGGAGGACGAGGAGGGCUGGUGGGUGAAUGCGCGCAUUCGGAGCGAAUGGGAGGGGGGCACGAUGAAGGGAAGCGAGCCGUGCGCAAGACCAGUGAAGCAGGAGGGAGGAGAGGGAGGAGAGGGAGGAGAGGAAGGAGAGAGAGGAGAGGGAGGAGAGGGAGGAGAGGGAGGAGAGGGAGGAGGAGAAGGCUUCAGACAUGGGUUCCAGCAACCCGGGAAGGGAGAGAAGGCUGCAGGGAAGGGAAGCAAGAGUGGAUGGCAGUGGCCGGGCAAGGGAAGGAGAGCUGGGGAGGGCAUGGGAGCAAGGGCACAGGCACACCAGGCUGAGGCACACGGAACGCGUCCACACCAGACUCAUGAUCCAAGGCGUGGGCAUGGGCCUGAGGCGUCCCCGUCAGAUGGUGUCGGCUGUGGUUCAGGCGUGCUCCACAAGCUGCCCUGCUGGAGCUCCAUCUCCCAAUCGUUGAACCAGCUCUCCCCUCGCGACCGCCUCUGUCUGUCCCUUCGCCUCACGUCGUCCCUUGUGGGAUCGCUCCCGACUAAGUUUUCUGCAGAAGAGAUCUUGCUCGGGCCUGUAGGGACGGUGCUGUGCUGGGUGGAGGAGGAGACGGAGGUGGUAGAAGCAGCAGCAGCAAAGGCCGUUUCCACAGCAGAAGCUGCAGUGGCAGCGGCGGCAGCAGCAGCGGCAGCUGCGUCCAAAGCCGAUGCGAAGACAGGGAAGAACACAAAGAGCGGGCGUAGCAGCAGGGGCUCCCGCAGGGGAGCGAAUGCCACUAGGGGAACUGCAGCUGCCGCUGCAGCAGCUGCAGCAGCGGCGGCGGCCGCAGCGGCUGCGGCUGCUGCAGCAGCCGCAGCUGCUUCCCCUGCUCCUUCCCCCUUCACUGCUCCUUCACCUUUCACUGCUCCUUCACCCUUCACUGCCCCUUCACCUUUCAUGGCGCCCUCACCUCUUUUCUCCCCUUCCCCUCUCUACAGCACCCCUUUUUAUAACACGGAUUCCCCUGCUCCGGCUUCAAGGGAGUCUCUCGACGGAACUGUAACAGGUGUGACAAUAGGCGAACACUCAGGAGCAGGUGUAGGAGCAGGGUCAGCAGGGGUAGGUGCGGAGGAGUGGGUGGUGGGAGAGGAGGAGCUACAGCAGGUGCUGUUUGUCCUUGAUAAAUGCUCCGAUUUACGUAGCCUCUCACGGUUCCUGCUGAUCUUGUUGGCCCUCUCUCGUACCAGCGAGCAUAGGGGCACUGGGGCAGCGGAGCACCACCCGCUGCUGCAGGCGCAGCACCCUGCAGAAGGGCAGAUACAUGCUGUGAAUGCCCCUGGGUAUGGUGCAAGUGGUGGGAGCAGCGUAUUUGGCGUGCACUCAGGGUUUGAUGCUGGUUCGGGCGGGGGACCGUGGGGGGUGUCUCGUUUCCAGGGGGCUGCGAGUGCAGCAGCAGUAGCAGGAGGUGCAGGGAGUAUGGGCGGCUUUGGUAGUAGUGGAUUCAGCAUGGCUGCAGGUGUGAGCCGUGAGGCCACAACUGCUGCUGCAGCCGGUGCUGCUGCUGGUGCUGCUGGUGCUGUUGGUGAUGAUGGUGUGUGUACAGAGUUUCCUGCUGCCGAAACGGCUCCUGUUCGGGGCCGCGUGGUUGUGAAGUGCUGUGUGCUAGUGACGUGCCUGGGGCGGUACGAGCCGGUCUUCGUGUCCCUCGGGCUGCUGCCGUCUCUCCUCUCGCUCCUUCUGCUCAAAGCAAGGCAGUCUCUGGCCUUCUGUGCGGUCCAACAGGUCAGCCCCUCAGCUGCUGCUGCGGCGGCCGCUGCUGCUGGUACGGUAGGCAGCAUAAACCCGUCCCAAGGUGUACUUACCCCAGGUGCUUCCUUCUUAAGCCACCAAACGGGAGCAGCAGCAGCAGCUGGGUGGGGUGGAGGGCGAGGAGGAGAAGGGGGGGCUCUGGAGCAGGGGGAGGAGUCUGGAUUGUUUGUGGUGGAUGGGGGGGAUGACAGGGACUUGAACCAUCUAGCAGACUUUAUCGGGCGGUUAUUAUUGCGCUAUUCUUCUUCUCCAGAGGUGAAGGACUGGGAGGCGACAGCUAAAGCCCAGGCACAGCCGCAGUUGUGGGCUUAUAUUGAAGCCUCGAGAAAGCAGGCUGGUGCGGAGGAGUGGGUAGUGAGGAAAGCGAGGAGGAGGUGUGUGGUGGAAGGGUUAACGAAGGAGCUGCGGGACGUGUGUGUGGAGUAUGGAGGCAAGGGCGUGAGGGAGAGUGAGGUGUAUGGUGCGCUGGCGGGUGCGGUGGUUGCUGGGGCAAGUGCUGCUGUCAGGGAUGUGUUUGAGAGAGGGAAGAAGCGGUGGAAGAAGGGGAUGGAUGUGAGGAGAGGGGGAGACGGUGGAAAGGCAAUAAGAGCAGAGAUUCAGCAUAGGGGGAGAGCUCAAGUUAGUGGAGAUCUGUGUGGGCGGUGUGAGAAGGCAGAGAGAGUGACUGACUCCUUAGCAGCUAAAGCAAGGCAGAGAGUGCUAGAGCACCUACAGUGCCUGCAGCUGCUGGUGUCAGUGCUCCCAUCGCAAUCCGCCCGCAUGCUAGAAACCGCCCUGGUGCAUGCCGCAGGGGAGAUUGUUCGAGCCUCAUGCGGGGUUCAACCACGCCCUGCCAGUGCCCCUUCUGCUGCCGCUGCUGCUGCCGCUGGUAGCAGCGGUGCUGCAGGUGCUGCUGCUAUUGUUGCUGGGAGGAUGUACUCGUCCGGUGCGUAUAUGACUUUAUCACCGGUUACACCCGAUCUCCUCCCGCCUCUAGCACAGGGCAGGAAAGGUGCUUCUUCUCUAGCAGGUGAGGGAUGCGGAGGAGGGGGAGGAGGGGGGGGAGGAGGCCAGAGCGGGGUGGGAGCGGAAGGGCCAGUGAGAUCAGCAGGUGGAGCGGGGGGGGAAGCAAACAGCAGGGUGAACAUGGAAGGGGAGCAAGAAGGAAGGGAGGGAAAGCGAGAAGCGGAAGGAGGAGUGGGUGGAGGCUGGGUGAAAGGGGAAGAUGGCACAGAAGGUCUCAUGGGCCGUUCAGUCCAAGGGGAACAGGUGCUAGGGUUAAGUGCAGAAAUGGAUGGGUGGCAGGGUGGGCAGAGGCAGGGGAGAAGAGAAGAGACGGAGGCGGAGGGUCUUUGGGGGCUGGAUUGGAGUGGGGAGGUGGAUAUGGGGGUGGCGUUAUCUGUUGUGGUGCUGGGUGCUGUUCACGGGCUGGUGUCUCUGCCUCGUGCUGUGGCGUCCCUGUGUGUGCCUCACACACUCGCCCCAUCGGUGGCGGCUAGACUGCAGUGCCUAUCUCCCAGUGAUUUGCUGCAGCCUCGAGGGGUUGAAGAUGGGGCUGCUGAGCCCGCCACUGCUGCUGCUGCUACAACAGCAGGAGCAACAGCAGCAACAGGGAUAGCAGGGGCAGCAGCAGCAGCAGGAGCAGCAGGGGCAGGAGGUGGAGACGCUGCUGGCGCUGUUGCUAAAGAGCAGGCAGAUUUUCCAGUGGGGUCAAGGGGUGCAGCAGUAGGGUUGAGGCGUGCGGCAAACGCCAAGGAAGAAGCUCACAGUACCAGGGCGCAAGGGUCAGGUCGAACCCUUGGCCAAUCAGCAGGACUCGGCUCGUCUAGCCCCGUUCCAAGGCAGGUUGCCGGUGCUAGGGCGAGGCAGGGGCGUAGGAGCUCUCGUACGGGCGCGAGAGAGAAUGGGAGUGGGGGAGUGGGCGUUGCAGGGCCACAGCAAGUGGUGGAGGGGGAGGGGAAGGAGGAUGAGGAGGGGGAGGGGGAGGGAGAGGAGGAGGGGUGGCGGGGAGAUGUGACCCAGCUUCUGUGGAUGCGCGUGCUGCUUGGCUCACACCAGCAUGAGCAGCAGGAAGGGAAGGAGAGGCAGAGUAGGCAGAGUAGGCAGUGUCAGCAGUGCAGCAUACAUAGCAAGGGCAGAGGGAUCUCUUUUGCUGCUGCUGCUGCUGUGCCUGCUGGCGACGCUGCUUCCAUUGAUGAGAAGCAGAAAGAGGCUAAAGAGGGAAAUGCACCGGGCGCAUACCACAGCGUGUGCAGCUGCUGCGGGUAUCUGUCCUGGUGGCCUCGUAUGUUGGGCCCAGUGCAUACACUGGCUCUCCACCGCAUGCAGGCCUCUCUCCUCUCCACUCGCUUUGCGUUCCUCUCCGUUUAUCCCCUCUUUGCUGCUGCGCUGCACACACGCGCGGCGCUCAGGCAAGCAAAGAAGGCGGAGGCAAGGGAAGGAAGGAGAGCCAGAGCGGUUGAGCAGGGUGAAGCGCGGCAGGAAGGGUGUCGGUUGCAUGGCGACUUGGGACAGGGUGUGGGGGAGAGGGCUAGAGGUGGCGCAUUGAUGGAUGUUGACCCUUCAGGAGAGGAAGAGCUGCUGGAAAAACAGCCCAUUUUCUCACAGCAGCAGCAGCAAGAGGGGAAUUUACGGGUCUCUGGAGCCCUUUCCAGCUGCAAGUGUCGCAGAAGACACUCUGCUGCCUCAUGCUUGCUGCUUCCCCGUCCUUCUCUUCGCGGACCUUCCAUACCCAUACCAGCAGCAGCAGCAGAAGCAGCACUGGCAGAAGCAGCAGCAGCACAGGCAGACGCAGAAGCAGGAGCAGCAGCUGGGUAUUCAGAAGGGUUAUCUGGCGCUCAGGUGGACUUUGAGGCGAAUGUGGAGGCAGCAGCAAUGGAUGUUGUGCUGAACCCUGCUCUGCGCUCGGCUCUGCUUCGAGACGUGCAGUCGCUCGACCACUGCGUGUGGAUGGAGGUGGAGAGGGAGAGGAAAUUGGCUGCUGCGUUGCAUGCCGCUACUGUCACUGCUGCUGCUGCUGCCGCUGCUGCUGUUGCUGCUGCUGCUGCUGCUGCUGCUGCUGCUGCUGCUGAAGCUCCAGAGGCAACAGCUGCAGCAGGGGCAGAGGCAGAAGCAGCGGCAGCAGGAGUGGCUGCAGGAGUGGCAGCAGCGGGAGCAUCAGUUAGUCUGGCUGGCGCGGAGGUGAUGCAAUCAGCUGCUGCACCACAAGCAGCCACAGCAGCAGUGUUCCCACAAGCAGCACCUGCUGGGAGUUGGGGGACUUGGAUUCCAACAAGGGCGUGCUCAGACAAGGCGUUGCUGGCACUGGUGCCUUUCCGCUGCCGCCAAUUCCUCCUCUCCGUGCUAUCCCAACGGCUACUGUCACCACGUGCCCGAGCGCAAGGGCACAGGAAGCACAGGGCGAGGAGAGGAGGUGAACAAGAACGAGAAGGGGAGCAGGAGCGGGAAGGGGUAGCCUUUAGGUGUAGCAAGACCAAGCAGGGAUCUGAUAGUAGGGAGCAGGUUGCGAGGGAGAGUUCCGGGCUGGGGUGUGGAAGGGAGGUGCAUGGAGUGGGAGGGUGGGGGACAGGGGUGGUUGAGCCAUGGAGGAACGGAGAGCAGCAGGUGCUUCUGAUGGCGCUGCUGGAUAGCCUGGACCCGGCUUCGCUGCCCGUGCACCGAGUGCUUACUCGCCUUCUGCUUGCUGAACAGGUGUGCCUGGAGCGAGUGCAUGCGGGUGCAUGUCUCCCCUCGGCCUUGCAGUCCGCAGCCUGUCUGACCCCCCUGUAUGGAGCAUCGGAUCGAACCCACCCUGCAUCCCACCAUAGCAAGCUAGCGUCAGCCACAGGAGCAGCCUCAGGCAUAGCAGUCAGGGGAUCAGGGGUGAUAGAUCUCACGGGAGAUGGGGGGGUGGUCAGUGACGGUGUGUGGGAGAGUGAGAAGGGGUUUGCGGGUGCGGUGCUGUCUCGGGUGCUUGUGCAACCUGAGUGUGCUGCGCUGCUCUCGGAGUUGCUGCGGGGCUUGACGCAUAACUUGGAAGACUGGGUGCUCAAGCAGGUGCACGGCGUUCUAAGCGGCUCUCUGUCAGUCUCCUCCAUCCGUCCCAUCUCCCACCGCAUCAGCCUUCUCGCUCCUCCCCCUCCCAUCUUCAUCCUGCGUCGCUCCUCCCGACACCGCCGGAGACACGGCAGGCGGAAAAGACCUGCUGCUGCCACCGCAGCUACUGCCGCCACUGGUGCUGCUGCUGCUGCUGGUUUUGCUGCUGCUGCUGCUGCUGCUGCUGCUGCUGCUGCCACUGGUGGUGAUACUGUUGUUGCUUCUGCCAGUGCAGGUGAUUCGGCAGGGAAGGUUGACACGUGUUUGGACACAAAUGUGGCUAUGGAUGGAGGGAAGGACGCAGCAGCAGGAACAGCAGUAGCAGAUGCUGUUGAAGGCGCAUCGGCAAGGGUUUCUGCUGGGGAUGGUGGGGUGGGAGAGGCAAAUGAAGAGAUGAUGGCAGAUGAAAAGAAGGGAGUGAAGCUGGGAGGUGCACAACCAGAGGAGGGGAGCAAAGGAGACGAGGGCAUGGGAGAGGAAGGGGAGAUUAAUGGGGAAAUUCUUGGAGUGAGUGGCACCGCAAUGGAAGGGCUUGAAGGGCCGGGGGUUCCAAAACAGGCGGAUGGAGAGGCGGAUGGGGAGGGGGGAGCGAGGGCGGUGGGGGUUGAAAGGGACGGAGCGGACAGGACGCGAAGACGUGCUCCCGUGGAACAGACUGUGGGCAGGAGUAGUGACGGUGCAGACAUGGAGAUCGAGGAAAAAGGAGGCAGAGGAGGGGGUAAGGCUGGGGAGAUAGGGACAGAUGGAGGGAGGGACGAGGCUGGGAGUGGUCGUGGUUUAGGGGAGGUGCAGAUGGGUGAGGAUGGAGAGAAAGGUGUGUAUGCGGUUGGGAAUGGUGUGGGGGGGGUGAGUGGUGGUGCGGGGUUGGAAGAGGGGAGGGGAGAGAGGGUAGGAGGCGGAGGAGGGGAGGGGAGUGUGGGAGACAGGACAGGAGGGAAAGGGAGAGAGGGAGGAGCGGUAGAGAGUGGUGGGAGGGGUGAAGGGGGGGUGGUGAACGGUCCAAUUUUAGGGUCAGAUACUGAUGUGGAUGGGCAAGUGGGAGGAGUGAAGAUAGGGGGGAAGGAUGGGGAGGUGGUUGUGGAAACGAAGAAGCACCGAGGGAACGGGGUGGUGGGAUUGGAAGGAGGUCUGGAGGGUGGAGGUCUGGAAGGUGGAGGUCUGGAAGGUGUGAAAGAAAGGGCAGGGCCAGAGAAAACAGCUGGAAAACCGAGGGUGGAAGGCGAGUUGGCUGAUGGGAAAGGGGCGGAAGACAGAAUGGCGGAAGAGAAAUGGGCGGAAGGGAAGAGGGCGGAAGGGAAGAGGGCGGAAGGAGAAGCCCCUCCUGCAAAGGAGGAGGAGGAGGUGGAUGUGGAUGAGGCUGAAGAGGGCGAUGGGGAGCGGCGGCUGGGGAAAGGGCAGGGGGGGAAGAAUGGGCUAGAGAGGAACAGGGCGGGUGAAAGGGUUGUAGGGCAGGAGCGUGGGGGGGGCCUGGGUAGGGGGGAGGGAGGAGGUGCGGAGAAGAUGGGAGCGGAAGGCGGUGGGGGUGGGGGUGCUGGUGGUGAUGGUGGUGAUGGCGAUGGCAGUGCCCUUCCUGCUAAAGAGGAUGGCAAUGGUAAUGGUAAUGCUGGUGCUGACAGUACCGAUGAUGCUGAGCCGACAGAGAGUGAGGCUGAGAAUAAUAUUGGGGAUGGCACAGAAGGGGCAGUAGAAGCAGGAGAUGCAGAGAAAGGGGGGGAGGAAGACAGCAAGGGGCAAGCAGGAAGGCUGGCGGAAGGAGAUGAAGAACUGCGCACCAGUGCAAGGACCCAGACAGGGAGGAGGGAGCGGAAAGGGGACGGGGACGAGGUGGUUGGCCCUUCCGCUGCCUCAUCCUCCUCUCAAUCCCCCCCCUCUUCCUCCUCCUCCUCCGGUCCGUCCUCCUCCUCCUCGCCCACAUCUGCUGCCUCCUCUGCUAAUUCCCCAUCCUCCUCCUCCCCCUCCUCCUCCUCCUCGUCCUCUGGUGCUGCUGCUGUAGAAGCGGGCACAGAUGCAGCAGCAGCCGCAGCAGCAGCAGCAGGAGGAGGAGGAGAAGCAGCAGAAGCAGCAGCAGGAGCAGCAGAAGCGGCAGGAGUUGCCCCUUCUGGCAAGGCAUCCUCUUGCUCCCCAUCAGCAUCUGCGUCCGCAUCGGCCUCUGCAGCAUCAUCCGCGUCAGGGGCACAGGAAGGGCAGGGCAGCAUGGGUAAGCCAUCGCUAGGGGGAAAAGAUGGCGAAGGGAAAGGGGGAGGGGAAGGGGAGGCGGAAGGGGGAGCGGAAGGGGGGGUGGAAGCGGAAGGAGGAGAGGGAGGAGCGGGAGAAAAGGGAGGGGAAGGGGGCGGGGAAAAGGGAGGGGAAGUACAGACCCCUGGGAAAUUGUCUCAGUCAGUUUCAUCAACCUCCUCCUCUUCCUCUUCUGGCAAUUCCUCGUCCUCCUCUGGCUCCUUAUCCUCAGAGCAGUCAGGGCAGGGGGUGGUGGAGGAAGAGGAGGAGGUGGAGGUGGGAGAUGUGAGGGAUCGGCAGCAGGAGCCGCAACAACAGCAGCAGCAGGAGAAGCAGGAGAAGCAAGAGCAGGAAGGGAAAGAGACGAAGCAAGAGGAAGUUUGGGAUCAGCAACGGCAGGGAGAGGGGGGCCUGGUGGGGUUCACGGGAGAGAGGGUAGGCAGUGAGGAGGAUGGCAUGGUGGUGGAAGGAGGGGAGGCGGAGCAAGGCUCGAGCAAGGGAAUGGAGAGCAAGGAGGUCGUGCUAGGGGAGCUCUUUGGAGAGGACACUGAUGCUGAUGGGAACGAGGGUGAGGGUGAGGGUGAGGGUGAGGGUGAGGGUGAGGGUGAGGGUGAGGGCGAGGGUGAGGGCGAGGCGGGAGAGAGUCCUAGUGACGGACAGAGUACUGAGCAGUCGUACCAGCAUGGGGAAGCUGGGGAGAUGCGGGAAGGAAGCGCACUGUUGGGAGAGGAGGUAGAGGGCGAGGCAUGGGAGAGAGAGGAAGGGGAGGGGGAGGGGGACGAAGAGGAGGAGGUGGAGGUGGAGGGGGGGAGGGUGGGCAUUGAGGAAGUGCAGGAGGGCGUUGGAGAGGAGGGAACGGGAGGCAAGGAGCGAGAAGGGGACCGGGGUGGAGAUAGUAACCUGGAGCCAAUGGUUGAGGAGCCUGAAGAAUCCCCCAAGGAGCAGGGUGACUUGAUGGAAGGGGAUUGGGGGCAAGGUGAGGCGGACGGAGAGGGGAAAGGAGUGGGAGAGGAGGGCGAUAGUGAGCGUGAGGCAGUGCGAACCCCUCGAACGGAGGAACCCGGCAGUGUGGGUAGUUUCGGGAUGGUGGCAGGAGGAGGGGAUGUGGGGGAUGCUUCUGUGGGGAGGGAAGGCAGGGCGUUGCAGAAUAUGGAGAGUGAGAGCAGGGACCGGGGGCUGAAGGGAAGGGCGCAGGAGGAGGGCUUAGAUCGUCGGUUGAGUGCAGGCGAGGGGGAAUGCUGGGAGACGGCAGGUGAGCAGGAGAAGAAGCAGGCGGGGGAGGAAGAGGAGGAAGAGGAGGACGAGGAGGACGAGGAGGAGGAGGAGGAGGAGGAGGAGGAGGAACAGCAGGAGCAGGAGCGUGGAGAGAGGGAGGGGGGAGUGCAGGUCCAUGUGGGUGACGCUGUAAGGGGAGAUGAGGUGCAUAUGGAGGAUAGAGAGGAGGGAAGGGAUGUGAAGAAGCAGGAGGAGAGUAGAAGUGAAGAUGGGCGGACGAACUCUGGGUGCAUGGAGGCGGUGGGGUUGUUUGGGGAACGAGUAAAAGGCGCGAAAGCACGGCACCGAAAGAGAAGGAAAGAAAGCGUGGAGGAGGGAGGAGGAGGAGGAGGAGCGAAAGCAGGCAUGCUUGGACAUAUGGCAGGAGCUCGUGUGGGAGCGAUAAGGGAUGAUGGGGAAAAUAGGAGAGAAGGGCGAGGGGAUGGUGAGAUGAAAGUUGCGGAAGGUGAGAGAGGAGGGAUGUGGAUGGAGGGGAAGGGAAUGGAUACCCAUGGCACGAGUGAGGCUGGUGCGGGGGAUGGCGUUGGGGAAGAGAGCAGGGGAGCAGGGAGGAUAGAGGCCAGGGAAGAGGGAACGGAAGCAAGGGCAGACUGCAUAGGUGGAAGGAGAAAGAAAGAAGGAGGAAGAGAAGGUGGUGGAAGAGGAGGAGUAGAGAGAGGAGGAGACGGGGGAGGAUGCGUUGGUUUAGAAGAGGACGAAUCGGAGUCAAGUGAGGGAGAUGAGGAGGAGAACGAGGAGGACGAGGAGGGAGAGGAGGGAGAGGAGGGAGAGGAGGGAGAGGAGGGAGAAGAGGGAGAGGGGGGAGAAGAGGGAGAAGAGGGAGAGAAGGGGGGUUAUUCGAGUGACUCUGGGGAUUCUGAGGCGGAGGGUGAGUGGGAGGACGAGGUUCGAACAGGUCUGGACUUUUGGGGUUUUUUAUGGGAUGGAGACGGGAUGGAGGAUGGACGAGAGGAGGGUGAGGUGAGUGAGGAAUGGGAUGCUUACUAUGAUGAUGACGAUGAUAGUGAGUUGGAAGAAGGGGAGGAAGAGGAGGAAGAAGGGGAGGUGCAAACAGAGGAAGGCGAGGAAGAGGAGGAAGAGGAGGAGGAGGAGGAGGAAGAGGAGGAGGAGGAAGAGGAGGAGGAGGAGGAGGCAGAUGGAGAGUGGGGUGCCAGGGAGGAAGGAGGAGCAGAGGGGGAGGAAGGUGAGACGGACUCUGAGGAUGCUGAUGGGGAUAGUGAUCCUGAUCCUGAUGCUCAUGCUGAUGCUCAUGCUGAUAGUGAUAGCGUUGAUGGCUUGGGGAAGACCGCUGCUCGUGAAAAUGUGGGGCAAGAGGCUCCUUGUAUAGGGAGGAAACCAGGGGAGGCCGGGGAGAAUGGAUGGGGAGAAGAAUAUGGCUCGAAGCAGGAGCAGGUGAGUGGAAACGCGAGUGGAGGGGCGAGUGGAGAGGUGACUGGAGUGAAUGGAUUCUGGCAGAGCCAGAAUGGUCCCUUGGCGAAGGGGGAGGGUAGGAGUGAGGAUGGGAGGGAGGGAGAGAUGCAGGUGGAUGCAGGGGGAGAGACCAGUGGGGAAGGUGAAGGUGAAGGAGGGGAGGGGGAGGAUGAGGAGGAGGAGCAGGAGGAGGCGGAGAAGGAAGAGGAGGAAGAGGAGGAGGAAGGAGACAAUGACAAUGAUGAUGAUGACGAUGAUGGGUUAUUGGAUGCGGAGCUUGCGGUGGCGAUGGAGGCGGAGGGAAUGGAAGAGGAGGAAACGCAGCACGGCGAGGGCAUGGGUGAGGGAAUGGGAGAAGGGGUGCGGGAAGGGGUGGGUGAGGGCAGAGGGGAGAAGACGGAACUGGCGGGUGAUGGGGGCAAGAGCGCAAGGGCUGGGGACAAAGGGGAGGAGUGGGUGAUUGGGGAGGAGUGGAUGUGUGGGGCGAUGGGGGGUCCAGAUACGGGUGAGGCCAACGGGAAGGGGAAGAGGGAGGGGGUCUGGGAGGUGGAAGGUGAGGGUGUGGAGGAAGGGAAGAGGGGUGGGGAAGGUGAGGGGGGUGAGGGUGAAGGGAAGAGGGGUACAGGGGUUGAUAGUGAGCGUUGUGGGAAGGAGGAGAGAAAGGUGAAGGGUGAAGACGACCUGGUAGAGAGUAGUGGGGAGGAUGAGGGAGAAGGGGAGGGGGGGGAUGACGAGGAGGAAGAGGAGGAGAUGAGUGAGGACGAAGGGAAGGAGAAAGUGGAUGGGAGUGAGGAGCAAGACGAGGACUCUGGGGAAGGAGAAGAGGAAGAGGAGGAGGUGGGAGGACAAGAGUGGGACGUGCUCGAUGAUGAAUUGGAUGAGGAGGAGGAGGAGGAAUCUGGGGAGUGGGGAAGUGAAGAGGAAGAGGAUUUGGAGGAGGAAGGAGAGGAGGAGUGGGAAGCGGAGGGGGUAGAGGGUGAGGAGGUGGAGGAAGAAGAUUAUGAAGAGGAAGAGGAGGAUGAAGGGGUGGAGGUGGAGGAGAGUCAGGAAAGUAUGUCGUUGUCAGCAAGCGGGAGAGAGCAGGAUGGGGAAGUGGAAGUGGAAGAGAACGAGGAGGAGGAUGAGGGGGCUGUGAUGGUUGAGGACGAGAGUGAGGAGGAUGAGGAGGAGCAAGGUGAGAUGGGGGAGUGGAGCUUGGAGGGAAGCAGUGAAGAGAGUGCAGAGGGCAGUGAGGAGAGAGAGAGUGGAAGCGAGGACAGCAAGGAAAGCGAGGGGAGUGAGGAGAGUGAGGGGAGUGACUUGAGCGGCAGUGCGUCGGAGGGAAGUGAGGGAGAACUCAGCGCCAAGAUACCAAACGAGUCUGAUUCGAAUCAUUCACAGUCCGAUUCAGAAGACUCAGAGGAGGGAGAUUCAGAUGGAGUGGCUGCGAGUGAUGCGAGUGGUGCAAGUGGCGCGGAUAGGAGUGACUUCAGCCAGGAGCUUUAUCUGCCAGGCGAGGCUGGGUGGUACUCCUCGGACCAGUGUUCCUCCGAGCAAUACUCCUCGGACCAUCACUCCUUGUCAGCUCAGGAAUGGUCGUGCAGGUCUCGCUCAUGCAGCCAAGACACUCACUCCUCUGCGUCUCACAGGUCUCGCUCAAAGCCUGUGACCUCUGACUCUGACGCAUGUAGCAAAGACACCUCCCGAAGCUCAGGAAGACCCGGGAGAUCAGGAAGCUCAGGAAGACCCGCGAGAUCAGGAAGCUCAGGAAGACCCGGGAGAUCAGGAAGCUCAGGAAGACCCGGGAGAUCAGGAAGCUCAGGAAGACCCGGGAGAUCAGGAAGCUCAGGAAGACCCGGGAGAUCAGGAAGCUCAGGAAGACCCGGGAGAUCAGGAAGCUCAGGAAGACCCGGGAGAUCAGGAAGCUCAGGAAGACCCGGGAGAUCAGGAAGCUCAGGAAGACCCGGGAGAUCAGGAAGCUCAGGAAGACCCGGGAGAUCAGGAAGCUCAGGAAGACCCGGGAGAUCAGGAAGCUCAGGAAGACCCGGGAGAUCAGGAAGCUCAGGAAGGGAACCAAGAGAAGGUGCCUCACCCCCUCUCUCACCAACGCCUACGGUUGCAGUCCUCGUUACUCCCUCUCGCCCUCUCGUCCCUCGUCUAUCCCUCUCACCCCCUGCCUCGCCCUCUCCUCUCUCUCAAUCACACUUCCCACCUGAUUCUUCUUUCCCAGACACUUCACCCAGAAAUCUUUCAGCAGACGCAGCAGACACUUCUCUGUCGUCUUCUCAGCCCUCCUCUGGUUAUGUCGAUCCGUUGGCAGAAGCUCCCCUUUCAAACAGAAGCGACAGCAGCAGCAGGAGGAGGAAGCAGCGGCGAAAGCGGCGUAUCAAGCGGCAGGGUGAGGAGCGAAGUGCGCAGAGUGGGCAACAUGCUUGGCUGUUCCCAGAGAGCUUAUGGAGACCGUUCACGUCGUGGGGGUGUGAGCCGGACACCCUGGAAGGGGGAGAAUCGGUGGGGUGGAUGGUGGAUGCUCGGGCUGAUGCUCGGGCGGAUGCUCGGGGGUGCGGUUGCUGUUCGUGCGGGGGGGGGAGAAAGGCGAAGCAAAGGAGAGGGGAGGCUCUGGCUGAUGGGGGGGUUGGAGUGUCGCAGACACCUGCGAGCACGUCACCAGCAAGGGCCAGGGCAAGAGCAAGAGCAAGAGCAAGAGCCAGAGCCAGAGCCAGAGCCAGAGCAAGAGCCAGGGCUGAGCACAACCCCUGUGGCGACACACUCCACUGGCAACGUCAGCAUCAACGCCAACACCAGCACCGACAUCGGCACAAACGGCGGCAGCAGCAGGAGCAGCAGCAGCUGGCACAUCUAUCAUCACCGUCGUCUCCUCCCGUCGUUUUCGGCACCGAGCGUGCCCUAGCCCGCCUCGUCCUGCCGUGCCUCGCCCGAGCUUCUGACGAAACCCGGUCCACUUUUGCCCGUGACAUGAUACACCAGCUGGCCUCGCUCCACACCUUUACCUCCUCUCAACCCUUCGCGCCUAUCUUACUCUCUGAUUCAACUUGUUCUGGAGGCUCUUUUGGGGAGAGGGUGGUUGAAAGGAGCAGUGGGCUUGGCAGGGAUUUGGGGGCUGCUGUUGCUGCUGCUGGUGCUGGGGGGGGUGAUGACAGGGAGGGUGGUGCGUGUGCUGCUGGUGGUGGCGGUGGUGGUGGUGCUGCUGCUGCUGGUGCUGCUGCCAAGCGUAAUGCAGUUAGCAGCAAGCGUACCGCUGCUGGUGUUACCGGUGCUGCUGCUCUUGCUGGUGUGACUGCUGCUGGUGCUGGUGCUGGCGCUGGUCCUGGUGCUGAUGCUGCUGGUGGUGGCAGUGUUGUCGCGGUGCCUGCAGGUGGUGGUGGUGCAUCUCCCUGCAUCACUCUCGAGAGGCUCCAUUCAGCCUUCUGGCUUCGCCUCCAGUUCCUCUUCCCGCUGCUGCCCAUUGUGCAUGCUGACAGGGACGCUCGUUCCGACCACUCACGCACGCCCUUCUCCCGAAGCAUGCGGCGCUCCCUCACUCUCACCCUGCUGCACCUCCUCUCCUCACCAGCUAUCCAGUGCCCUCUCCCAGGGCCCCCUUCCCCCUCCCUCCCGCUCAUCUCCCCUCUGCUCUCCCUAAGCCAAUCCGCCACUAUCCCCUUGCUCCACCAUUCUGCUAACCCGUCUGACUCUGGCGCGUAUCGGCUCUCCAGAAUAACCGCCUCCGCUACUAACAAAGCUGCUGCUUCGAACAGCCUGAAAUCGACAGGACAAUUGCACUGGCAUCUUCUGCAGCAGCAUUGGCAGCAGCAGCAGCAGCCGCCGUCAGGGGACAGUUUAUUCGACUGGCUUCUGUCCAUCUUCUACGCCCUGCUCACACCCACCUGGCCAGUCUGGCUGCGGCCCCCCUCACACUCCACCUCCUCUUCCCCACUCUCCCCCACUGCUUCCUCCUCUGCGGCCUCCCCUCUGCACAAGCCUCUCAAGGACGUGGCUCCUCUCGACCCUGACAUGCUGGACGCACUACAAGCGGAGAUAGACUCGCUCUUCCCGGACACUGCUCUCUGGGGGCGCCUGCAAGCCGCCCUACCCAUCCUCCCCUCGCCCCCACCCCUCACCAUCUCCGCUGCUCCCCCAGAAGUCCCCCCUCCUCUUGCCGCCGCAGCUGCUGCCGCAUCAGCAGUGGCAGACGGUCGGCCCCUAGAACCCACCACCACCACUACCAUUGCCACUACCACCACCACUGCCAUUGCCACGCCCCUCCCCUCCUCGCUCUCCUCGCCGGCCUCCCUCCAUGCAGUGUUUUCACCCAGCCGAAACCGUGGCUCUAACCCGAACCUCCCGCUGCCGCCCCUUAUAGUCACCCGCUCGCUCUCCUCCUCUCACAGCCCGAGCCCCUGCCUCCGCCUCCCAGCAGCCCUUGUAGGACCCAUGCCAGCAGCAGCAGGUGCAGGAGCAGCAGCAGUAGGAGCAGCAGGAGCAGCAGCAGGAGGAGGAGCAGCACUGGGAGCAGGGCCUGGAUUAGGAGGAACAACCACCGCCGCUGCAGCAGCUGCCGCAGCAGCAGUGGCUGUGUCGGCAGCAGCAGCUGCAGACGGAGCAGAGAUGGAGAUCGACCCCUGGCUGCUGCUGGAGGAAGGAGCUGGAGGCGCGGCUAGCCUAGGCCCUUCCGCUGCUGCUGCUGCUGCAGCUGCGGCUGCGGCUGCUGCUUCUGGUGGGGAGUUGGGGGGAGGGGGAGGGGAUGCGGUGGUUGCAGCUCCCAAGGCGGUGGGAUGGUUGAGGGGGGCUAUCCGGCGCAAGCGCAAGGGGAUUCUGUAUGCCGUGGGGCAUGAGGAUGAUGAGAUCAUUCGGUAGGGAUGUACAGGAGAGAAGACCCGGAGGAGGAGCAGACAAGGUUCUCCACCGGUGAAUGGCUGGUUACGUGAUGCCUUAGUCCCUCGGCUGUGGAUGUGAGCCGAAGGAGCGGUUACCGAUACCGGUAUUUGAUUCAGGAAUUUACCCCCAGGGAGUGUGUCUCGGUGGUUUGAAAGGGGGUUUUUGUUUUCUGGGGGCACAUGGGCGAGUGGGUGAGCCUAUUGCUGUAGGUUCCUAGGAGGUUGCUUGCUAGUUCUCUCCAACAGAUCUCUAGGCAUCUUGUAGUACCCAAAGCAGAUUAAUGUAAAUAGGACUGAUGCU